CAGAUCUCAAGCUCGCCGCAGAACGACAGGACCCAAACCCCAAUUCCACAAUGAGGCCGUCGCUGAUGAGAUCCACCUCCCAGCUCCUCCGCCGCCGGAGCUACUCCUCCGCAUCCGGGCAGCCCGAGCGGAAGGUGGCCAUCCUCGGGGCGGCGGGGGGCAUCGGGCAGCCGCUGUCGCUGCUCAUGAAGCUCAACCCACUCGUCUCCUCCCUCUCGCUCUACGAUAUCGCCGGCACCCCAGGUGUCGCGGCCGACGUCUCCCACAUCAACUCCCCCGCCCUGGUGAAGGGUUUCAUGGGUGAUGAGCAGCUUGGGGAAGCGCUAGAGGGCUCGGACGUGGUGAUCAUACCGGCCGGCGUCCCGAGGAAGCCCGGCAUGACCAGGGACGACCUAUUCAAUAUCAACGCUGGCAUCGUUAAGAACCUCAGCACCGCCAUCGCCAAGUACUGCCCCAAUGCCCUUGUCAACAUGAUCAGCAACCCUGUGAAUUCAACUGUACCGAUUGCUGCUGAGGUUUUCAAGAAGGCUGGGACAUAUGAUGAGAAGAAGUUGUUUGGCGUGACCACCCUUGAUGUUGUUCGUGCUAAGACUUUCUAUGCUGGGAAGGCUAAUUUACCAGUUACCGAUGUGAAUGUCCCUGUUGUUGGUGGUCAUGCGGGUAUCACUAUCCUGCCGUUGUUCUCACAGGCCACCCCUGCAACCAACGCAUUGUCUGAUGAAGACAUCAAGGCUCUCACCAAGAGGACACAGGAUGGUGGAACUGAAGUUGUCGAGGCAAAGGCUGGGAAGGGCUCUGCAACCUUGUCCAUGGCGUAUGCUGGUGCUGUUUUUGCAGAUGCAUGCUUGAAGGGUCUCAAUGGAGUUCCGGAUAUUGUUGAGUGCUCUUUUGUUCAAUCAACUGUAACAGAGCUUCCAUUCUUUGCAUCUAAGGUAAGGCUUGGGAAGAAUGGAGUUGAGGAAGUGCUUGGAUUAGGUGAGCUGUCGGACUUUGAGAAAGAAGGGUUGGAGAAGCUCAAGAGCGAGCUCAAGUCUUCGAUUGAGAAGGGUAUCAAGUUUGCAAAUGAUAACUAGAUAAGGCCAUUUUGCAGAUUAUAGCAGCAAUUGAAACCUUUAGUAGCAAUUGAAACCUUUAGUUGCGGGAUCUUCUGAUUUCAUUCUACCCUUUUCUGUCCCUUUUUGUGAGGGAGUGGAAGGUAUUACAAUAAAAAACCUGAUGGGCAAAGCUUACAAGAGGGAUUUAUUCCAGCAGGCAGGCACAUAACUUAUGUCAAGUUUUGUACUGAACCAGUCGUAUAUGAGCUUUCUGCUGCCUUUUAU